AUGGCUCCUCCGCCUGCUCAUAGGGCUUCCGUACCUCGGGGUUCGGCGGGUGCAAGCAAUGGAGGUCUUCAUCUGGCCUUCAUUUUCUCUAUAUUCGCUGCCGCCAACAGCUUGGCUGCUGUUUUCUCGCCAAUUCAAGAUUGCGAUGAGGUUUUCAACUACUGGGAACCUACGCAUUAUUUGAACCAUGGCUAUGGCCUGCAGACCUGGGAGUACUCUCCAGAAUUCGCCAUCCGGAGCUGGGCCUACACUGGCCUGCACGCAGGCAUCAUCCACGUUGGACGACUCUUGCCUUUUGGAAGCAAGCGUACAGAAUUCUACUUCCUAAGGAUAGUGUUGAGCCUUGUUUGCGCUCUUUGCGAGACACGCUUUUACUCGGCCAUUGCGAAGGCACUUCAUCCCCGUGUGGCCUUCUUCUUCUUGAUCACCAUGGUUUCCAGUCCCGGCAUGUAUCAUGCAGCCACUGCUUAUCUACCAUCCAGCUUCGCCAUGUACACGGCCAUGUUGGCAUUCUCCUCUUUCAUGGACCGCAAUUCGGGCGUUGGAUCCAUGUCCGGUACUUUCUGGUUCGCUUGUGGAGCACUGCUUGGGUGGCCAUUUGCAGGUGCCCUAAUUGCACCUUUUGUAAUUGAGCAGCUCCUCGCCAUGAUCUCCGCAGCGGGAUUCUAUCCUGGCAUCCGGAAAUUACUGAGCGCGGCAAUUCGCUGUUUGAUCCUCCUGAUACUUCAAACAGCGGUCGAUAGCUAUUUCUACAAGAAACUUGUUUGCGUGCCCCUGAACAUCGUGCUUUACAACGUGUUCAGCGGGGGCAGCCGAGGACCCAACAUCUACGGAGUGGAACCGUGGCACUUCUACUUGCGUAAUCUUGCCCUGAACUUUACCGCUUGGUUUCCUCUAGGGCUGGCCGCUCUGCCAUUACUCUUGCUACAUAGACUUAGCCGUCAAAAGCCCAUCCUCCAACAAACCCUUUUCCGGAGUACAAUACUUCUCACUCCCUUCUACCUAUGGCUCGGCAUCUUCACUUUGCAACCGCAUAAGGAAGAAAGGUUUAUGUAUCCUGCUUAUCCGGCUCUAGCGCUAAAUGCGUCCGUCUCAUUUCAUGUGCUCCUCUCCUUCAUAGGUACAACGGAUCACCGCAGCCUACUCAGCAAGAUUCCCGUACAGUUGAAGCUGGUAGUUGUCAUGUCCUUCGUCAUGGCCACUUUAAAUCUGGGUGCUCUUCGCAUUCUGGGGCUCAUGACCGGAUAUUCUGCGCCUCUUCACGUAUAUCCCUUUCUGCAACAGCCUCAGAUAGCAGCGCAAGGAAGCACCGUCUGCAUCGGGAAAGAAUGGUACCGAUUUCCCUCUUCAUAUUUCCUUCCGAAUCAUAUGCGCGCAAAAUUCAUCAAGAGCGAAUUCUCUGGUUUGUUACCAGGCGAGUUCAGCGAAGCCGAGGGGCCCGGUCAUUUCCCAGGGACGUGGCGGAUGCCUUCUGGCAUGAACGAUGAGAAUCGCGAGGAUCCUGGAAAAUACACCAACAUUAUCAAGUGCGACUACUUGAUCGAUUCGCGUUUUAGCGGUCUUGAGCCUUCCGCUCUGGAGCCAGAUUACAUAGCCGACUCAGCAAGUUGGGAGAGGGUGACUUGCGGCGCGUUUCUGGAUCACAGCCAAACACCUCUUCUCGGCCGCCUGAUCUGGGUCCCAGAUCUGCCGUUUGUUCCAGAGCGUUAUCGGCGGAGGUGGGGAGAAUACUGCCUUCUGAAGAGAAGAAGGGAUACGAAGAUCAAUGGCUCAUAGUCGUCUUUAGCACCCCCCAAGUUAACUUUUCGCCUAUCCAGCUGGUUUCUGGUCUUCAUUUUUCGUCGCAUCGCGAUCACAGUAGUAUUUCGGGCGUCCAUGAUGCGAAAGACAGCGUGAGAAUGCUCACUGGCUACCCCACAGUCGAUGAAGCUGUUGUCACAAAGCGCAGGUCUUACAGUACAAAGAGGGACCAUCAGCUUUUAUAUUUGCGCCUUUUGUCCGGUAUUUGAUGCUGCAUAAAGUCAAACUGUUCGC